AUGUUUUCUUCUAUCAGAUCCACUGUCAGAAAUAACAUCAAACAAUUUUCAACCUCAGCUAAAAAAGCUGCUGUUGAACCAAACAGUCUCACCAAAAAAGUUAUUGCUGGUGGUGUUGCUGCUUCUGGUUUAACUGCCUCUUAUUUAUUAUAUGAAGAUUCAGUCACCGCUGAUGCCAUGACCGCUGCUGAACAUGGUUUACAUCCACCAGCUUACGGUUGGUCUCACAAUGGUAUGAUUGAUACUUUUGAUCAUGCUUCAAUCAGAAGAGGUUACCAAGUUUACCGUGAAGUUUGUGCUGCUUGUCAUUCUUUAGAAAGAGUUGCAUGGAGAACUUUAGUUGGUGUCUCUCACUCAAACGCUGAAGUUAGAGCUAUGGCUGAAGAAUUCGAAUAUGAUGAUGAACCAGAUGAUCAAGGUAACCCAAGAAAGAGACCAGGUAAAUUAGCUGAUUAUAUUCCAGGUCCAUAUGCUAAUGAACAAGCCGCCAGAGCUGCUAACCAAGGUGCUCUUCCACCAGAUUUAUCAUUAAUUGUUAAAGCUAGACAUGGUGCUUGUGAUUAUAUCUUUGCUUUAUUAACUGGUUAUCCAGAUGAACCACCAGCAGGUGUUGUUUUACCACCAGGUUCAAACUAUAAUCCUUAUUUCCCAGGUGGUUCAAUUGCUAUGGGUAGAGUUUUAUUUGAUGAUUUAGUUGAAUUUGAAGAUGGUACCCCAGCUACUACUUCACAAAUGGCUAAAGAUGUUACCACUUUCUUAAACUGGGCUGCUGAACCAGAACAUGAUGAACGUAAAAGAUUAGGUUUGAAAGCUGUCAUUGUUUUAUCUGCUUUAUAUUUGAUUUCAGUUUAUGUUAAAAAAUUCAAAUGGGCUCCAAUCAAAACAAGAAAAAUCAGAUUCACCCCACCAAAAAAUUAA